AUGCGAGGUUCGAACUCGCGCGGACUGGAAUGUCCAGCAGAUCUUAAGUCUGCCGCCUUAGACCACUCGGCCAACCCUCCAAGAUACUAUGGCAUAUUUCGCCUGACACAGUACAGUGGUGAGUGCUGGUUUUCGCACGAUAGUAUUGAAUAG